GCAAUACGUACAAAAAUUUAAUAAAAGCUUUACACGAAAGCAUUUUAUACAGUUGACACCAAACCCUAACCUGUAACAAACCAAGACCUGAAAUCCCCCAAAACCCUAAUUUCAAUCAGAACAACCAUCUCUCUCUCUUUCUCUCUCUAAAGAUGCUCCGAUAGUCUCCACAUUGCCUCUCCAUUUCCCCGUUGUCUCGUUAUAUAUACACACACACACAAUUAGAUAUAUAAACAUUUUCUCUCUCUAGAACUAUGUCUCUCGAUGGCGCUGUGGAUCGGAGAAAGGAGAAUCACACAGCAGCAGGUACUGGCAACGGGAACGGCGUCGUUGUGGCGAGCUUGCCGUCGUACUCGACGCAUCGUCUUCGGUUGAAUCCGAACACAGAUCACAAGCCGGACAGCUACGAGGACCUUCAAUUGGACUUCACUCCUCUGCUCUUCAGCUCUCUGGAGAGGUACCUACCUCCGAGCUUGUUGAAUGUGUCGCGCGACGCUAAGGUUCAGUACAUGAGGGAAAUUCUGGUCCGCUAUUCAUCUGAAGGCGAGCGUACUCGAGUCCAGAGGCAUAGAGAAUACAGGCAGAAGAUUAUUUCAAACUAUCAGCCUAUGCAUAGAGAGCUAUAUACUAUGCACGCAACAAACUUCUUUGUCCCCUCUUUUCUCAUGGCAAUCAAGGAUAAUACGGAGGAAAGUUUUAGAAAUAUGAUGUCUGAACCCUCCCCUGGGGUUUUUACAUUUGAAAUGCUGCAACCACGCUUCUGUGAAUUGUUGCUGUCUGAGGUAGAAAAUUUCGAAAAAUGGGUUCGUGAAACAAAAUUCAGAAUCAUGCGCCCAAACACAAUGAAUAAAUAUGGUGCUGUUCUUGAUGACUUUGGCAUGGAAACCAUGCUUGAAAAGUUGAUGGAAGACUUCAUACGUCCUAUAUCACGAGUUUUCUUUUCUGAAGUUGGUGGCUCCACGUUGGAUUCUCAUCAUGGUUUUAUAGUUGAAUAUGGAAUGGAUAGAGAUGUUGACCUCGGUUUUCAUGUGGAUGACUCAGAAGUCACUUUGAAUGUUUGCUUGGGGAAGCAAUUUUCUGGUGGAGAAUUGUUCUUCCGAGGUGUGAGGUGUGAUAAGCAUGUAAAUACAGAAACUCAGCCAGAGGUAUGCAAUAAACUUACACUCUCUUAUCUUCAAUAUGGGUUUCCUCCUCCAAUGCUUGUAUCGAUGCCUAUGAGUGUUGUUUUUGAUGACUAGAAGGAGGCUGUGUCCUCUUAUUCCUAGAGCAAUAUAUAGCCUCCUAUGUUGUUGAAGCCCCUUUCAGUUGAUGACAGAAUUGGAUAUGGUUUUGAUGGUUGCACUUAUGGGAAUCUGAGCCAAAUCGCUAUACAGAGGUGUUUUCAAAAGCGAUAUAGAAGCUCUACUCUUUCCUUUUGUAGACCAGUUGGAUCUGUUUUUGUUUUUAAAGAAGAGGUUAUAUCUCUCCUGAAAGGCCUCAGGAAAGCUUCUUUUUGGGUGUCUCACAUUGCCUAAUGGAGGAAGAAACUGAGGUGGUGGUUGAUUAGAUUCAAUCUCGAUCUCAGUUUAGUUUGCCUCCUAAAUGGAUAUUUCAUGAAAGAUGCUUGAUAUUUCCCGCAACUCUUCAGGCAGUGAGCAUAUGGGUUCCAAGAAGGGAGCUUCCAGGACGAGGCCACAUUUCUGGCCUCUUUUGAGUUUGCUUUAGGAACUCAUGUUUUGAGGUGUUGGGUGGGGUUUGUAGGGAUUGGUGGGACUUUAAAUUUUUUUGAGUCACUCUUUUGAUAUUCCUAUUCUCCUUUCAACUGUGAAGGAUUCUUACCCUUCAAGCCUCUGCAUCUUUAUUUAUCCUUAAUCAAUUUUCUUGUUUCUUAUGACAAAAAGAAUAUCCAGAAAGAGUUUUGAGUCUUGAUAGGACUAGAUUAAACAAACAUUGAUUUAAAAGUAAAAAGAAACUUAUUUUAGAGAUUUGAUAUGAAAUAAGAAUGAAGUGUGUAUAAUGUGAUUUAGGCCUUAAAAAAGGAGUAUCGCGUAACAAAGAGAUCGCGUUGAACUGUUCCGACAUAGAUCUGUAAUUAUUGAUUGUCUUUCCUAAAUAUUUUUUUUAAUCUGUGUUUAAUUCCAAGAUAGGGCUCAUUUUACUACUCAUUUAAUUUUCUAAGCAUGAACUUGAUGUUAAGAACAUUUCGGAUGGUUGACAUGCAAAAACUUUGUUCCAUUGUUUGAAUUAAUUUGGUAGAAAUAAACAUAUCAGUUAUUAAUAUCCAAAAGAUCCUGCUCUAAGUUGAGUUACGUAUCACCAAAGCCUUGGCAGGCUCCCACUGGUGAUACCUUAGGACUGCUCUAAAUUUGAUAUAAUUGGUGGGUUGCACGGGCAUCUAAAAUGCCUUGUAAAAGUAAGUGGCCUGGUUACAACCGUUAAUGACUUUUUUAUUCAAUCAUUAAAUGGAGUGCUCACUAUAUAUCUUUUCUACUUGUAACUUCCACCAAAUUUUUAGGCAUAACUUGUAUUGCUUUGCAAUUUAUUACAAUUCAACUCAGUUGUUUCUGUUCAUCUAGGCUUUUAGAUUGAUUAUUGAAAAAUAUUCAAUUAUAGUUUGUGCUAUACAUGGAAUUGGUCGGUGCAGUUCAAGAUACAUAAGCUCAACUUUAUUGUAGAAUUUUAGUAUAUUAUGAUCCC